AUGGCAGAAAAAUAUCUAAGCCAACUGUACUACAAUCCAGAACAUCCUGCAAGUUUUGGAGGCGUAGAUUCAAUUUACCGUGUUGUAAAAGAGGAAGGAAAACAUCAAAUAUCGCGGAAUAGAAUACGGUCAUGGUUAAAAAAGCAAGACACAUACACAUUACACAGACCCGUACGGUUCCAUUUUAAACGCAAUAGGGUUCUAGUGGGUGGCUUUGAUGAACAGUGGGAAGCUGAUCUCGUUAUUAUGGACUCGCUAAGUAAACAAAAUAAUGGUUACAACUACCUUUUGACCGUUAUCGAUGUCCUAAGCAAGUACGCAUGGGUUGAACCAAUUAAGACGAAAACGGGCGAGAGCCUCGUUCAGGCGUUUGGAAAAAUAAUUAAGAAGGGGAGAAAACCUGAGAAACUACACACAGACAAAGGCACAGAGUUUACGAAUAGAAAGUUCCAAAAGUUUUUAAAGGAAAAUAAUAUUCGAUUCUUCACGACCCAUAACGAAACCAAGGCCUCAAUUGUGGAAAGGUUUAAUCGUACACUGAAAGGAAAGAUGUGGAAAUAUUUUACGGCUAAAAACACAGUAAAGUACAUUGACAUAAUUCAGAAGUUGGUCAAAUCAUACAACCAUUCCAGACACCGUAGCAUAGGAAUGAAACCAGCUGACGUGAAUAAAGAUAACGAAGGUUUUGUGUGGCAGAAACUGUACGGGGAAGAACCUCACAAGUCCAUCUACUAUAAAUUUAACAUUGGCGAUCAAGUUCGGAUAAGUAAAGCACGGCGUACGUUCAAGAAAGGCUACCUACCCAAUUGGACCGAAGAAGUGUUCACUAUAACGAAGCGAGUACCACGACGUCCUCCCGUGUACAGAAUUGUUGACCAUGAUUCGGAUGAAGUGGAAGGAGUCUUUUAUGAAGAGGAACUUCAGAAAGUGACUAAAACUCAAGAUGACUUUUAUCGAGUAGAAAAAGUAAUUAGAUCACGCAUGCGUAAUAAACGUAAAGAAUAUUUUGUAAAAUGGCUUGGUUACCCUGAAAAAUUUAAUUCCUGGGUGCCGGCAGAGAAUGUAAAAGACAUUAAUAAAUAA